CCAACAUAGCCGUUGGUCACAUGAUUCCAUAUCUUAGUCCACCAUGGAUGUAGUCAAAGAUGAAGAAAAGCCACUUCAUAUAGUAAUGUUUCCAUGGCUAGCCUUUGGUCACAUGAUUCCAUAUCUUGAAUUGGCCAAGCUUAUAGCACAAAAGGGUCAUCAAGUAAGUUACGUUUCUACCCCAAGAAACAUAGAACGCCUCCCUAAACUCCCACCAAACAUUGCUCCUCUCAUCAAUUUUGUGAAACUUCCAAUGCCAAAAGUUGAUAACCUUCCUCAAAAUGCAGAGGCCACAACAGAUAUCCCUUAUCAUGUCGUUCAAAACCUUAAAAAUGCUUUUGACAAACUUGAAAAACCUUUGACACAUUUCCUUCAAUCUUCAAAUGUUGAUUGGAUUUUCCAUGAUUUUGCUCCUUUUUGGUUGGGUCCUGUGGCAUCCAAAUUGGGUAUAAAAUGUGCUUUUUUCUCCAUUUUCACUGCACCACUCAUUGGCUUUAUGGGACCCCUUUCGGUUCUCAUGGGUAAUGAUCCGGGUCGAACAAAGCCCGAGGACUUUAUCGUUACUCCUCCAUGGGUUCCAUUUCAGACUACUGUGGCAUACCGUUACUUUGAGAUUAUGAAGAUUGCGGAUAUUCUUUCUAAUGAAAAUUCGGGGGGGUAUUCUGACAUUUAUCGUCUUUGUUAUUGCAUGCAUCAUUGUGAAACCAUUUUGAUUCGCGGUUGCACCAAGUUUGAACCCGAAUGGUUUCAAGUUCUUCAAAACAUUCACAACAAACCAGUUGUCCCCGUUGGUCAACUCCCUAGCAUGAGUAUUGACCAUAGCAACGAAGACGACACAUGGUGGUGGAUAAAAGAGUGGUUGGACAAGAAACCACAUAGCUCGGUAUUAUAUGUGGCUUUUGGUAGUGAGGCAAAACCAAGUCAAGAAGAAGUCACUAAUAUAGCUUUAGGGUUGGAGGAAUCAAAGCUUCCGUUCUUUUGGGUCCUUAGGGUUCAACGUGGGCCAACAGACAAUGAGGUGUUGCAGUUGCCAGAAGGGUUUGACGAGCGAACCAAGGGGCACGGAGUGGUAUGCACCGAUUGGGUUCCGCAAAUGAAAAUAUUGGGUCACGUGGCAAUUGGUGGGUUCUUGACUCACGCGGGUUGGACAUCAGUUGUGGAGGCAGUUCAAAACGAAAAGCCACUUGUGUUAAUGACAUUUCUUGCAGAUCAAGGAAUAAAUGCAAGGGUGUUGGAGGAAAAGAAGAUGGGAUAUUCAGUUCCUAGGGAUGAAAGAGAUGGGUCGUUCACAAGUAACUCGGUGGCAGCCUCGAUUAGACUAGUUAUGACCGAAGAAGAUGGAAGGAUCUAUAGGGAAAAGAUUAAAGAGAUGAAGGACUUGUUCGCAAAUACUAAAUUACAAGAUAAUUAUAUUGAUAACUUGUUGAACCACCUUAGAAGUCUUUGAAACAUCGAAGGUCAAGCGGAUUGUGAUGCCACCAUUUUCUCAACUUUAUUAUUAUGUGUGUUUUGUUAUAAGCUUUUUUAUAUAUAUUUGGUUGUUAUGAGUGUUUAGUUAAUAAUUUGUACUAAAAGUUGAUCACUUAUUGUCCGAGUCUAAGUCUGAAAUUGAGGUAGACAAUGAUUAUAUGAUUUUUAAGUAA